CAGGGGAUGAACAAUCAGUACGUCCGCCGAGAGGUCUUCUGUGGGAACACCUGCCACGACCUCAAGCGCUUUUGGGAGAGAGAGAUCCGCAAGCAGACGUGCUAUCGCGAGUCCGAGGAGCACCGCCUGGGAAGGAGUGCCCUGAGAAAACUCAGGGAAGAAUGGAAGCAGAGGCUAGAGAGAAAGCUGAGGCUGCGGAACAACCCCGAUGAGGUGGAAACGCCGCGGACAAACGUCAGCUGAGCCCUUCCCGCUUCCCUGACCCCCCAGAGGACACAAAGCAAGGAGGUCACUCUGCUAGAAGCCAGCUAG